GUUGACUCGAUAGGUGUGGUCACGUCACUAAUCUGGCAAAUCGAACAACCAACCACAGCAACUUCUCCUUCUCUUCUUCACACUUUUGAAAAGAAGAAAGCCCUCUCGUGUCUUCUCUUGUUACCCUCAAGGACCUGUCUAAGAGGUGAAAGACAGACAACAAGAUAUAGGAUAGAUUUCUCUCCGCUUUACACCCGCCGUGUCAUCAAGGGCCCGAAAAUCAAAUAACAAAGGAGAAUAUACCAAAUAAAGAGUCAUGGGUGGUUGUAUGAGCGUCAGUGCUGAGGAAAGAGAGCAAAAGCAGAGGAACACAGAGAUAGAACGUGAUUUAAGAAAGGCUGCAAAAGAGUAUGAAAACACAGUGAAAAUCCUUUUACUGGGUGCUGGUGAAUCUGGUAAGAGUACUGUUGUGAAGCAAAUGAAAAUUAUCCACGGAGAUGGAUUCACACCACAAGAGCUGGAAACUUACAGGCCUGUUAUAUUUAGCAACCUUGCUUCCUCUCUCCGCGUUGUCAUUCAAAACAUGCCCAAAUUGGAUAUGAAGUUCGAUAACCCUGAUAACGAGGAGAAGGCUGAAGUUCUUUUAAAUGUCAUAACAAGUUUACCAACUUAUGAUGCUCUUCCUGCAGAAGUCAUUGAUGCAUUCCAGAGCCUAUGGGCAGACCAGGGAGUCAAGGACUGCUAUGCUCGGGCCUACGAGUACCAGCUCAAUGACUCCGCCCCUUACUAUUUCUCUGAAAUUGAGCGCAUAUUGACUCCUGGUUACACCCCCACCGAGCUUGACGUGUUGCACUCGCGUGUCCAGACAACAGGAAUCAUUGAGACUUCAUUUAAAGUCGGGAAAUUGACUUACAGGGUCGUCGACGUAGGAGGCCAGAGGUCAGAGCGUAGGAAAUGGAUCCAAUGCUUUGAUGACGUGAGAGCUGUCUUGUUUGUGUGUGCUCUGAGUGGAUAUGACAUGACACUCUUUGAAGAUGGGAAGACUAACCGUCUUGAGGAGUCCCUCAAUCUCUUCCAAGCUAUCUGUAAUAACAAGUUUUUUAUCAAGACAUCAAUGAUACUGUUCUUGAACAAAGUUGAUCUGUUCCGUGAGAAGCUCUGCACUGCCGAGAGACACCUACGCCUCUUCUUUCCUCAGUAUACAGGUCCUGAGAGAGAUGUGGAACAAGCUGCUCUCUUCAUUCAGACCAUGUUCAUGGAAAGAAACUUGAACAAAAGCAAGAUUGUCUAUCCUCACUUCACCACUGCCACUGACACCUCAAACAUUCGUGUCGUCUUCAAAGUUGUACUGGAUACAAUUAUAAGAGAGAAUCUUGAAGCAGCAAACCUUCUUUAAGAUGAAAGGAGAGAGUUUUAUGGUAGUAAUAAUUAUUAUUAUAGUAUCACGAUUUUCUCUCUUCAUGUCAUAAUAAUAUUAUAGACUUUCUUUCUCUUGCGAUCUCUCUCUCUUUCUUUGUUUGUGUUACUCUUGAACCUUACACUAUUCAGCUUUACGUGCUACUAACUAUAAUGAUUAUAUAUAUUAUUAUGAAUAACCAUUAAUGUUACUGUUUUGCUUUCACUCUCUCUCCCUCUCUUUCUUUGUUGAUUCAGUCCGGUAUUGUGUUGUUGUUAUAAUUUAUCUUGUGUGACUUUUCGUAUCAAUAAUGGUAAUAAUACUAAUAUUAAUAUUAUUAUUAUUAUUAUGAAUAACUUAAAUUAGUACAACGUAUAAAAUCAUUAAA